AUGUCAGGACCUAAUAGCAAACAAAUUAAACUUGAUGAAGUUGAAAUGCAAAAAGCAUUUGAAGUUAUUGGUGAUGUACAAAAUGAAAUUGAUCGUCUUAAUGAACAAGCAAGUGAAGAAAUUCUUCAAGUUGAACAAAAAUAUAAUAAACUUCGGCAACCAAAUUAUAAAAAACGUUCGGAUUUAAUUAGUAAAAUUCCAUCAUUUUGGAUAAGUGUUUUUCUUAAUCAUCCUCAAUUAUCAAGUUGUUUAAAUCAAAAUGAUGAAGAUAUUUUACAACAUCUUAAACGUGUUGAUGUUGAAGAACAUGAAGAUAUUAAAUCAGGCUAUCGUAUUAAAUUUACAUUCGAUACAAAUCCACAUUUCGAAAAUGAUGUACUUGUUAAAGAAUAUAGUGUUACAGAUUCAAGUGAAACACAAUGUAAAUCAACUACAGUUCGAUGGAAAAAUGGAAGUAAAAAUGGUCAAGCAACGAAUAAUAAGAAAAAUGAUGGAGAUAAAUCGACAUCUAUUACACAUAAACGUUCACGUGAUAAUGAUAGUGAUGAUGAACAUGGUGUAUUCAUGAAUUGGUUUAUGGAUACAACUGGUGAAACAGGCAAUGAUGAAUUUGGUGAAGUUAUUAAAGAUGAUAUAUUUGUUAAUCCUCUUCAAUAUUAUUUAGCAGCAACAACAAAUGAUGAAGAAGAUGGUGAACCAGGUGAAAAUGAAGACGAAGAAGAUCUUGAAGAAAAAGACGACGAACAAGAAUAA